AUUGUAAACAUGGCUGUGUGGAUACAAGCCCAGCAGCUCCAAGGCGAAGCUCUCCAUCAGAUGCAAGCAUUAUAUGGUCAGCAUUUCCCCAUUGAGGUGCGGCAUUAUUUAUCCCAGUGGAUCGAAAGCCAAGCUUGGGACUCAAUAGAUCUUGAUAAUCCACAGGAGAACAUUAAGGCCACCCAGCUCCUGGAGGGCCUGGUGCAGGAGCUGCAGAAGAAGGCGGAGCACCAAGUGGGGGAAGAUGGGUUUUUACUGAAGAUCAAGCUGGGGCACUAUGCCACGCAGCUGCAGAACACGUAUGACCGCUGCCCCAUGGAGCUGGUCCGCUGUAUCCGCCACAUCUUAUACAAUGAACAGAGGCUGGUCCGAGAAGCCAACAAUGGUACUUCUCCAGCUGGAAGUCUUGCUGAUGCCAUGUCCCAGAAACACCUUCAGAUCAACCAGACAUUUGAGGAGCUGCGACUGGUCACACAGGACACAGAGAAUGAACUGAAGAAGCUGCAACAGACUCAAGAAUAUUUCAUCAUCCAAUAUCAAGAGAGCCUGAGGAUCCAGGCUCAGUUUGCGCAGCUGGCCCAGCUGAAUCCCCAGGAGCGUCUGAGCCGGGAGACGGCCCUCCAGCAGAAGCAGGUGUCCCUGGAGGCCUGGCUGCAGCGCGAGGCCCAGACGCUGCAGCAGUACCGAGUGGAGCUGGCCGAGAAGCACCAGAAGACCCUGCAGCUGCUGCGGAAGCAGCAGACCAUCAUUCUGGAUGACGAACUGAUCCAGUGGAAGCGGCGGCAGCAGCUGGCCGGGAAUGGAGGCCCCCCCGAGGGCAGCCUGGACGUGCUACAGUCCUGGUGUGAGAAGUUGGCCGAGAUCAUCUGGCAGAACCGGCAGCAGAUCCGCAGAGCUGAACACCUCUGCCAGCAGCUGCCCAUCCCCGGCCCGGUGGAGGAGAUGCUGGCCGAGGUCAAUGCCACCAUCACAGACAUCAUCUCAGCCCUGGUGACCAGCACAUUCAUCAUCGAGAAGCAGCCCCCUCAGGUCCUGAAGACCCAGACCAAGUUUGCAGCCACUGUGCGCCUGCUGGUGGGCGGGAAGCUGAACGUGCACAUGAACCCCCCCCAAGUGAAGGCCACCAUCAUCAGUGAGCAGCAGGCCAAGUCACUGCUGAAGAACGAGAACACCCGCAAUGAUUACAGUGGAGAGAUCUUGAACAACUGCUGCGUGAUGGAGUAUCACCAGGCCACCGGCACCCUCAGCGCCCACUUCAGGAACAUGUCCCUGAAACGAAUUAAGAGGUCUGACCGUCGUGGAGCAGAGUCAGUGACAGAAGAGAAAUUUACAAUCCUGUUUGAAUCACAGUUCAGUGUUGGUGGAAAUGAGCUGGUUUUUCAAGUCAAGACCCUGUCCCUCCCGGUGGUGGUGAUUGUUCACGGCAGCCAGGACAACAAUGCGACGGCCACUGUCCUCUGGGACAAUGCUUUUGCAGAGCCUGGCAGGGUGCCAUUUGCCGUGCCUGACAAAGUGCUGUGGCCGCAGCUGUGUGAAGCACUCAACAUGAAAUUCAAGGCCGAAGUGCAGAGCAACCGAGGCCUGACCAAGGAGAACCUCGUGUUCCUGGCGCAGAAACUGUUCAACAGCAGCAGCAGCCACCUCGAGGACUACAACAGCAUGUCCGUGUCCUGGUCCCAGUUCAACAGGGAGAAUUUACCAGGACGGAAUUACACUUUCUGGCAGUGGUUUGAUGGUGUGAUGGAAGUGUUAAAAAAACAUCUCAAGCCUCAUUGGAAUGAUGGGGCUAUUUUGGGUUUCGUGAACAAGCAGCAGGCCCACGACCUCCUCAUUAACAAGCCCGAUGGGACUUUCCUGCUGAGAUUCAGUGACUCUGAAAUUGGUGGCAUCACCAUUGCUUGGAAGUUUGAUUCUCAGGAAAGAAUGUUUUGGAAUCUGAUGCCUUUUACCACCAGAGACUUCUCCAUCCGGUCCCUGGCUGACCGCUUAGGGGAUCUAAAUUACCUAAUCUACGUGUUUCCUGAUCGGCCAAAAGACGAAGUGUACUCCAAAUAUUACACACCAGUUCCAUGCGAGCCUGCCACUGCUAAAGCAGUGGACGGAUACGUGAAGCCACAGAUCAAGCAAGUGGUCCCUGAGUUUGUGAGCGCGUCUGCAGACUCUGCCGGGGGCAGCGCCACCUACAUGGACCAGGCCCCCUCCCCAGCCGUGUGUCCCCAGGCUCAUUAUAACAUAUACCCACAGAACCCUGACGCUGUCCUUGACACCGAUGGGGACUUUGAUCUGGAUGACACCAUGGACGUGGCGCGGCGUGUGGAGGAACUCUUAGGCCGACCUAUGGACAGUCAGUGGAUCCCUCACGCGCAGUCGUGACCCCCCAUCUCCAUCUUUGGCUUCUUCAUCCUCGCCAGAGGAGUUACUCUUGUGGAUGUUUUAAUUCCAUGAAUCGCUUCUCUUUGGAAACAAUACUUAUAAUGUGAAGUGUUAAUACUAGUUGUGACUUUAGUGUUUCUGUGCAUGGUGGCACCAAUGAAGGGAGUGAGUGUGUGAGUGUGUAUGUGUGUGAGUGUGUGAGUUUGCACAUUGUGUUUCUCCCCCUUGCUGUCCAGAGUUUAACUGCAGCAUUGGGGCCACAAGCAGAGACUGUGGUUGUUUUAACCUUGUGCAAAAAGGCAGUUAGUUCCGUGAACCCUGGAACUUGGCCAUGGGUCUUGAGGGUGGCUAAACUUUGACUUGAACAGGUGGCUGUUCAAGUAAGAGAAGGACAGAGGGAGGAGAAAGCGCCUCCUCUCUGGUGAGUCUUUGUCGCUGUGUCUGCCAAGCAAUUGAUAUAUAACCAUGAUUGUCUCUGCUUUUCUUCUGAAAUGUAGAAACUGCCUUUUGACAAAGAAAGCCAGUCCUCCCUGCUUCCCUCUCCUCCCACCCCUGUUUUCCUGGGUAAGGAUGGGAAAAGGGGCGACGUACGGGAUUGUUGGGGCAAGGGGAGUCAUGGGUUUUCAGAUGAGUAGUGGUUUUUAAGUAACGCUUAACCCAUCUGAAUGUUCUCUCCCUCCCUGUCCUCCCUCCUUCUCUCACUCUGUGGAAUUGCCACUCGGUUCCUGUGUGUGCACAUGUGCAGACAUGUCUGAUGAGCUAAAGGAAAGAAAAGAGGGUCAUGGAACCGAAGCUUAUAGUGCUGAUGUUCUUGGUGUUCCGGCCAGAGGGGAGUGCCCAGCCCUGACUCGCAGGCACAGGGAAUGUUGGCUUGUUACCCAGGGAAGCUGCCGUCCAGUCUGCCGUCCUUCCUCUGCGCUGCUGGGGGCACAAGCAAGGCUUUCCGAAGGCUUAUUGAUAACGGCUUUUUGCAAAUGUUGAAUGGUGUUUUUGUUUCUAAAUUGGGCCUCUUUUUGUUUUCCUUUUCCUACCCUAAUUUGACAUCAGAAUUCUUUCUUCCUGCAUCAGGACCUGUGUCAUUCAUCCCAGGUCACUUCAUUUCCCUUCACUGUCCACACACAAUUUCUGGGGAGUGGGUGGCAGGAGUCUGAUCUGAACCCAGGGCCAGAGUGUUCAGCGGGUAUCGUUGCUCACCUGGUGCGGGGUGCUGGGUGUCAGGCAUUGGGAAUUUGGGGAAAUGCAGUCAGCAGGUUUGCUGGGAAGUUUGGUAAGCUGCCAAAACAAAACAAAA